AGGAGGAGCCCAGCCCUCCAGAGCAGACAAGCCUUUCACCCCUCUUUCUCCCCAGUCUGGUCCCCAUUUUUUCCUGCCUUUUCCCGCCCUCUUAUUAUUCCAGUUGCAUCUUCUGCAGGGGAUCUCUCCUCCUAGCGUCAGAAUUUUCAAGCAGAGUCUAUUCAGGGGUUCUUUGCUCUGAGACAGAAGAGGGCACAGGAUUAAUUGUGCCACCUUGGCUGCUUCAUUGGACAUCAGUUCAAAGAUGGACAUAUCUGACUCAAUUGGACCUGAAGCAGGAGGAGACUCUGUUGGCAUCAGUGCGGAGAGCAGUGGGGGAUCCUGUGAGGGAACCGUGCAGAAGUUUGUGAGUGAGGAUGUGACGAGUUCCGAAACAGAGUAUCAGCGCUUCAGGCAGUUUUCCUAUCAAGAGAGUGAGGGACCUCGGGAAGCUUGCAGACACCUCCAUGAACUCUGCCGCCAGUGGCUGAAGCCAAAGGAACAGACCAAACAUCAGAUCCUGGACCUGGUGAUCCUGGAACAGUUCCUGAGCAUCUUGCCCCCAGAGAUGGAGAGCUGGGUCAGGGAAUGUAGGGCAGAGACCUCUUCCCAGGCAGUGGCCCUGGCAGAAGGUUUCCUUCUGAGUCAGGCUGAGGACAAGAAAUGGGAAGAACAGGGAAAAGUUCAGUCUGAGUUCUCUGUGUCUGAGGAGUCUACAUCAGAUACCACCCAGUGUCCUCAAUGGAGGGAACUGAGGCAGGAGGAAGAUUGGGUUGCAGCCUUGCAGGAGUCUGGAAUGAUGCCAUCCACAAAUACUCAGUUGCUUCUUCCUCUUUGCAAAGCAGUGAAACCUGUUCAGGACCAAAUCACCUUUGAGGACGUGGCUGUCCAUUUCUCCCCAGAGGAGUGGGCUCUUCUGAAUCCUGAUCAGAGAGCCCUGCAUGUGCAGAUCAUGGAGGAGACCUAUUGGAUCAUAGCAUCUCUUGAUAACUUGAGUAAGAAAAACUUAUGCAUCAAGUGUGGAAAGUGUUUUGGAAACAAAUGGGAGCUUAUCAGACACCAGAAAGCCCAUACAGAGGAGGAAGGUUCUACCAGAGAUAAAGCUUUCAAGUGCAAUGUGUGUGGGAAGUUUUUUGUCCAGAAUAUGUCACUUGUGCUUCACAUGAUACUCUGUGCUGGGAACAAAGACGUUAGAUGUAAGUCCUCAGUAAAAGGUUUUGAUUACAAGUUGCCCCAGUUGAGCUAUCAAGCAGUCCACAAAGGAAAGAAAACACAUAAAUGCCAAGAAUGUGGGAAACAAUUUGCUGGCAGAACAGAAUUAGUGGUCCAUCAGAGAAUCCACACAGGAGAGAAGCCAUACAAGUGCCAGGAAUGUGGGAAAUGUUUUGCUAAGAGUUCAUACCUUGUCAGGCACCGGAGAGUACAUACAGGCGAGAAACCAUACAAAUGUCAGGAUUGUGGGAAAUGUUUUUCUACAAAUUCAAGCCUUGUGAGCCACUACAGAAUCCACACAGGAGAGAAACCAUACAUAUGCCAGGAGUGUGGGAAAUGUUGCGCUCGGAAGUCGGAACUUAUAGUCCAUCAGAGAAUCCACACAGGAGCAAAACCAUAUAAGUGCCAGGAGUGUGGCAAAUGUUUUGCUCACAGAUCAUCUUUUCUUGACCAUCAAAGAACCCACACAGGAUACAAGCCAUAUAAAUGCCUGGAGUGUGAGAAAUGUUUUGCUCACAAUUCAUCUCUUUUGAGCCACCAAAGAAGCCACACAGGAGACAAACCAUACAAAUGCCUGGAGUGUGGGAAAUGUUUUGCUCACAAGUCCUCUCUUUUAGACCACCAAAGACCCCAAACAGGAGACAAACCAUACAAGUGCCUGAAAUGUGGAAAAUGUUUUGCUCACAGUUCAAAUCUUGUGAGUCACCACAGAAUCCAUACAGGCGAAAAACCAUACAAGUGCCUGGACUGUGGAAAAUGUUUUGCUCAGAGUUCAAACCUUGUGAGUCACCAGCGAAUCCACACAGGAGAGAAACCAUAUAAGUGCCAGGAGUGUGGAAAGUGUUUUGCCCGCAGUUCACACUUUGUGACCCACCAGGCACUCCACACAGGAGAGAAACCAUACAAAUGCCUAGAGUGUGAGAAAUGUUUUUCUACAAAUUUAAGCCUUGUGAGACAUGAGAGAGUUCACACAGGAGAGAAACCAUGCAAGUGCUUAGAGUGUGCAAAAUGUUUUUCUACAAGUUCAAACCAUGUGAGUCACCACAGAGUCCGCACAGAAGAGAAACCAUAUAAGUGCCGGGAGUGUGGAAAAUGCUUUUCUCAAAAGUCAAUCCUUCUAACUCACUGGCGACAUCAGAAAAUCCACACCGGAGAGAAGCCAUACCAAUGCCAGGAGUGUGGAAAAGGUUUUGCUUGCAGCUCACGGAUUGUCAGUCACCAGAGAAUCCACACAGGAGAGAGGCCAUACAAGUGCCAGGAGUGUGGGAAAUGUUUUACUCAGAAUUCAACUCUUCUCAUCCACCAGAGAGUCCACACAGGAGAGAAGCCAUACAAAUGUUGGGAAUGUGGGAGAUGUUUUGCUCAGAACUCACACCUCAUGGUACAUCAGCGAGUUCACACUGGAGAGAAGCCAUACAAGUGCCAGGAAUGUGGGAGAUGUUUUGCCCAUACAUCCGAUCUUACAACGCAUCAGAGAGUCCACACUGGAGAGAAACCGUACAAAUGCCAGGAGUGUGGCAAAUGUUUUCCUCAGACAUCAGAUCUUGCAACACAUCAAAGGGUCCAUACAGGAGAAAAGCCAUACAAAUGCCAGGAGUGUGGGAAAUGUUUUGCUCAAAAUUCAGCCCUUUUGGUCCACCAGAGAAUCCACACAGGAGAGAAACCAUACAAAUGCCAAGUGUGUGGGAAAUGUUUUGCUCAAAAUUCACACCUUGUCAGCCACCAAACAGUCCACACAGGAGAGAAACCAUAUGAAUGCAGGGAGUGUGGGAAAUGUUUUGCUCACACCUCAGACCUUGUAACACACCAGCGAUUCCACACAGGAGAGAAGCCAUACAAAUGCCAGGAGUGUGGGAAAUGUUUUACUCAGAAUUCAGCCCUUCUGGUUCACCAGAGAGUCCACACUGGAGAGAAACCAUACAAAUGCCAGGAGUGUGGGAAAUGUUUUUCUCAGAAUUCACACCUUGUAAGUCAUCGAAUGGUCCACACAGGAGAGAAACCAUACCGAUGCCAGGAAUGUGGCAAAGGCUUUGCUUGCAGUUCACGCCUUGUGAAUCAUCAGGGACGCCACACAGGACAAAAAGCAUACAAGUGCCAAAUGUGUGGAAAAUGUUUUACUCACAAGUCAGAGCUUGCAAAGCAUCAGAAAGUACACAAGAAAACUAAUGAUACAAAUGCCGGACGUGUUGGAAAUAUUUCCGCACAAGUUGCAUCUUAAGAUACAUCAGAGAAAUUACACCAGAGAGUAAUCCUGCUCUUCUGCAGUGUGAAAAAAGUUUUGGUCACCACUUAUGUCUGAUAAUGUACCAACAAAUUUACGUAGGAGAGAAAUCUUAAACCAGUGCUCUGAGUUUGGGAAGUGGUUUUUUGCUCAAUCAUAUUUAAGAAACCACCCAAAAGGCUAUAUCUCCCUAUAUGAGCCAGCAUGGUAUAGUGUUUUGAAUGUUAGACUACGAUUCAGGAAACUAGGGUU